CCCUUUCCACUUUCCCCUGAGAUUGCCAUGGACAACGCAUCUGCUUCUUCGUUCCAGCGUCCCAUACCCACUGGACGAGGCAACGAUUCACACCACGUAUUCUUGAGCUUUAGAGGCCCAGAUACCCGCAGGAAAUUCACCGAUCACCUCUUCCAUGGUCUAGCCAACGCAGGUACCAUACCUAUUUCCGUGUUCAAGGACGAUAAGAGUAUCCCAAUUGGUGAGGAAUUUGCUUCGCAGAUUUUUGGUGCCAUCUCACGGUCUAAGAUUUCGAUCCCCAUCAUAUCCAAAAAUUAUGCUACGAGCAAAUGGUGCCUCUGGGAGCUCGUUCGUAUGAUGGACCGCAGGAAGAGCACGUCACACAUAGUGUUGCCCAUUUUUUACGAAGUGAAACCAUCGGAUGUGCGAUAUCUAAAAGGAGAGUUUGGGGACGCCUACCAUUUGAGUAAGAAGGAUUAUGGAGAGAAAGAUAUCCAUGAAUUCGAACAAGCACUUAGAGAUGUGAGUUACUUACAAGUAUGGGAUUCUGAGAAAAUUGCUAGCGGGCGUGAAGGAGAAUUAGUGGAAAAAGUUGUCGACACUGUUCUAGGCGAGUUGCGAAAUUAUUUUCAGCUUGAUGUUACUGAGGAGGUUGUAGGAAUUGAUGAUCAAGUUAAAAAAAUUAAGAAUUGGGCAGGCUCUCCUGCCACUCAUGCUCGAAUGAUUGGAAUCUAUGGCAUGGGCGGGAUCGGAAAAACUACUCUUGCCAAGGCCAUCUACAACGAGCUGUCCAAGGACUUUGUCAAUUGCGGUUACAUUCCGGAUAUUCGAGAUACAGUUCACCGCAAUGGUAUUCAUUUUGUGCAAAAUCAACCGAUUAAGGACAUACUGCCAAAUGAAUGUGAAGUUUCGAAUGUUGAUCGUGGAAUUAGUUUGAUAAAAUCUAGAUUCCAAUGCAAAAAGGUUCUCAUUCUUUUGGAUGAUAUAGAUGGAGGGAAAAAAGGAGGGGAACAACUACAUGCUUUGGCUAGAAAAUGUGACUGGUUUAUGGCAGGAAGUAUAAUCAUUGUUACAACUCGAUAUGAAGAUGUCCUUGAUCAAGCUAAAUUCGAGGUAGUCAAGAAGUAUCCGAUGAAUGAAUUGGAUGGGGUGCAUUCUGUGCUUUUAUUUAACAAACAUGCAUUUCGUAUGAAUUGUUCUCUUAGGGACUUUGAAGAUACCUCUUGUGAAAUCAUAUCCACCAUGGGUGGACUACCCUUGGCUCUUGUGGUUGUAGGUUCAUAUUUGUUUGGAAAAACAAAUCCUAAAGUAUGGAUAGAUACGUUGAAACAAUUGAAAGAACAACCACAUGAAGAUGUCCAAGGGAGUUUGAUGAUAAGUUAUGAGGCAUUAAAGCCUGGACAUAAGGAGAUUUUUCUCGAUAUUGCUUGUUUUUUUAUUGGAAAAAAGAUCAAAUUCGAAAUGUACAUGUGGGACGACUGCGGAUUUUAUGCAAGCCAAGGAAUUGAGGAGUUGAAGUUGAGGUGCUUGAUAAAAAUAGGAGAUGAUGCCGAGUUAAAGAUGCAUGAUCAGUUGAGGGAUCUAGGAAGGAGCAUUGUUGCUCAAGGACAACCGCCGGAGAGACGUAGCAGAUUAUGGGUCUAUGAGGAAGCCUUCAGAGUACUAACGGAAAAGAAGAAUGAGCGGAGGCUCCUAUUUUUAGGAAAGAAUCUAAGCACCCAUUCAUGUCCAUCAUAG